CGGCUGGACCUCCUUCUCUCAUGAGAUGGACGAUGUUUCUGCAUCUCUUAAGAAAAUCACCCCCCUCCUUUCCCAAGUGCUUCUCGACGAUCUUUAUUGCAGCAGACCGCCGAUCAACUCCUCGAGAGGUAUAUGCGUCGAUGCCCUCGCACUGAGAUAUGUAUUCCACUUCAUGAGCAACACAAACCAGCCAAAGACGGCUAGCUUCCCAAAUCCCCUUCCGUAUCUUCUGGCGGACUUUCUUCAGUCGACGAAGCCUAUCAGUAUAUCCAGCCUCGAAUGUCUUUCGUGUGGAUUCAGCUUCAGAACCCACUUCUGGUUCAGACCAGAAGAUGGGCAGCCAGCUAGACCAAAAAGAUUUGUCCAAUCCAUCGGGACGUUCUUUGCAUUUAGAAAAGCCCUCAGCUACGCCGACUAGUCGCUUCACCCGCUUUUCUUCGGAUUUUCCAAGCCGAGCUGUAAAGAAUGCUUCAGGGCUUUCCAUUCCAGGACCAACGGUUCUUUGGCCUGAUGGAAGGAACUCGGAUGAACUAAUCGAUGGAGAAGGCGUCGAUAAAUCAUGUAUGGUAUCGAUGGUAGAGGGCGGACCGGUUAAGGGUGAAAAUCUCGGUGGCCGAGAACCCAGCGGUACACUUGGCACUAAGGGCAGACCAGAAUAUGAUCCAGGAAAGUUUAGAGACGAGGUUCUCGACCUAAAGCUCGCCAAUCGACAAGGCAAUGCUGAGCAAGGCUCGAGGGGUGCAAGACAGCCUUGCUCGAGGCAUGGAUGCAGAACCUCUGGCAGAAAGGUAUUAUUUGGAGCAGAACAAUUCAAGGCCCAAGUUGGGAAUGGCUCGCCAGUAGCCUCUCGUGUUAGACCAAAACCUGGGAGGCUCUCCAUUUAGUGUUGUAUCUUGAGAGAAAAACGGUAAUAGUCGAA